UUGGAGAAACAUUUUCAUACAAAAUGGCGGCUAUAGAAAGUGAUGAAACUUGUUGUGGCAAAUCAGAGGCAUGUGGUCAGACAUGCCACAACCAAUCAAAAAAUUGUGACGAAGAAUGUAUCAGCCAAUCAAAAGAACCUUGUCAUGUCGGUAUCAGCCAACCAGAAGGCCAGCCGUUGUUUCUGUCAAAAUUUCUGGAAGAUAACAGGACACCAGAAGACGUGCUGACAGCAAGUCGCGUGGUUCUACCGAACGUCGAUGUCGUCAGCUACUCCGGGUACAUCACAGUGAACCCAGAACUGGAGCACAACUUGUUCUUCUGGUUGUUUCCCGCCAAAAAUGCCAAGUCAGAGAAACCUCCUCUCGUUUUAUACUUGAAUGGAGGCCCGGGCAACUCGUCAAUGAUUGGCUUGUUUGAGGAGGUGGGGCCGCUAAAGGUUGGCCCUGAUGGAGAAAUUGCUGAAAAAAGUACUCACUGGGCAAAAGAUUUUUCUCUUCUGUUUGUUGACAACCCUGUGGGUGUUGGCUUCAGUUUUUGUAAACCUGACACAGAGCUGAAAACAAAUCUGGCAGUUGCAGAUAGCUUGUAUGAGUUUCUGAUCCAGUUCCUGCAACUCUACCCCCAGUUCCAGCAGAAUGACCUUUACCUUGGUGGCCUGUCGUAUGCUGGCAAGUACGUGCCUGCGUUUGCCCACAAGAUACACCAGGAGCAGACGACAGAGGAGGAGCCGCCACGUCUGCUGGUCAACCUGAAGGGGAUUUUCAUCGGAGGUGGUUUUUGUAGCCCAGAGAAGAUGCUACCUGUAUUCCCUGAGUUCCUGACCGCUGUAGGCAUGCUGACAGAGAGAAAGAAAGAAGCGAUGGUGGACAAGAUUCAGUACUCCAUUGACAAAAGUCGCCACUUGGCCAAACACGAAGAGGCGGUGACGGACAUUGUGGACAUUGUGUUUGGUAACUCACGCAGAAAGUUGGGAUAUGAGGAAGUUGAUAAUCUUUUGAUUACAAAGGAAUAUGAGUGGCACUUUGAGCACUAUUUGAACCGGCCAGAGGUCCAGCAUGCCCUACACGUACGGCCAACACAGUACACGAAAUGUGCGGACAAAAUGCCGCUCACCAUGGCCGGGGACUUUUUCUCAGGGGUCGUGUCAGAGCUGGAGCUUCUGCUGGAGAAUUACAAGGUACUAAUGUUCAGUGGUCAGAUGGACCUAGUGGUCAGCACCCUCAUGACUGAGCACUUACUCAGCGACCUCUCGUGGUCAGGGAGAGACGACUACCUACAAGCCGAUAAGGUCACGUGGAAAGACAAGCACGGAGAAGUGGCUGGCUACGUCACCAAAGUCAACUCAUUCACAAGGGUUGUGAUAAGAAACGCGGGUCACAGGUCAGCUAUUGACCAGCCUGAAUGGACAUUGGAAAUGAUAACCAAGUUUAUCAAUGAUGAAGACUUUAGUAGGCCCACAAAUUAAUUACUAUCAGCACAAAUUGUAUCUUAAUCAUUAAUCAGAUUAUUAACUGGCACUUUUAUUUUACAAAUAAAAAACAAUGCACACAAAAAAAUUGUGCAAGUUGAUUUUUUGUUUUUAUGAGCGUUUCUCUGCCUCACUGUAAAUUCUACUUCUAUAGAAUACUUAGAAUUUUAUAGAAUAACAGUUUUAAUACAGAACAGAAAAAU